CCGCCCGAUGCAUCGGCCUUAUCCUUUCGUAUCCAAAUCAGCGCAACUACCUCCUCUCAUCUCCAUCACGCGCUCUUUCUCCCUCGCCGUCUCCUACCUCGCGAUUCUCGCCGCCUUAGCCUAGCGCUGCAAGCCACCUGCAUGCUGGUCUUGCUGCAUUAUCAUGCAUGCUCGGCUACAAACUCUGGAACACCACUAGGGUUGAGACUUGAGAGGGUAGCUCACCUCCACGAGUGCUAGGCGGCAGCGUAAGGCCAUCGGUGGACAAGCAAAUGGAUCAAAAAGGCCAAUCUAUGGAUUCGGAUUCCUGCGUCCUGGAGAUGGAUCGGCUGGCCCAUGACCUGGAAGAUAAGCUGGCCAGCCUGAAUUCAUCCAAGGCGAAGGUUGGCGACGGUCACCGUCCUUGUUCCAUCAUCGUUGGCAAGGUCCGUGACCUCACGCGCAACGUCGACAGCAGCGAGUACGAUCCUGACCACGUCGCCAUCGGCCCGUACAACUACCCUCGCCCCCAGAGCAGAAGCCCACACCUCGCCAUGGAGCAUGACAAGCUAGCAAGCCUCGACCUAGUGCUCUCGGCGGCAAAGGCGGCGAGACCAACUAUGACGGUGGAGGUCUACGUCAAGGAGCUGGCAUGCCUGGAGCGUGACACCAGGAACUGCUACGCCAACACAUUUGAUGACAUGACGAGCGAGCAAUUCGUGCGCAUGCUGCUCCUCGACGGCUGUUACAUACUGUCCCGCCUCGUCGGACUCCGAGCACAUCAUCUAGAUCUAGAUGAUGUGGGGACUGCAGAGGCCAGCGUCUCGUCGGCAAACAGGGCGGAGGCGCUAGCGGUCGUCCGCGACGUGUUCUAUCUCGCGGAGAACCAGAUACCGUUCUUCGUCCUUGAGAAGAUCGGGGAGCUGACCACUUUGGACGGUAAGGAUCGUGUGUUUACACACAUCUCGGAUUAUGCCCUUGAUCUCAUGAGGAGACAAAAGUACGCAACGGCCGCGCCGGCCAUGGUGCCGCCAGAGCCGAUCGUGCCGGGUAAUCUUCUCCAUCUUCUUCAUAUGCACUUGAAGCCUGUUGCACUAUCCGUCUCGCCUUCCGUGCCGGUUAGCACCGUCGAUCCCGUGUAUGUGCGCCGGUGGCGCUCGGCGACGGAGUACAACUUUGCGGGAGUGAAUUUCAAGGCUCGGGCCAUGAGCGAGAAGGGUCUCAUCCGCUGCAUCCUCGACGUGAAGUUGGACGUCGGUGGCGGCACGCUGGAGGUCCCCUGCCUGGACAUCGACUCCGAGACUUGGCGGUUAUUACGCAACUUGAUAGAGCUGGAGCAACGUAACCGAGAGACAGUGGGGAGCCACGUCACGGCAUACUGCGUGUUCAUAUCCCAGGUGGCCUGCACCACGAAGGACGUGGAGCUCCUGUCGAAGAGAGGCGUCAUCGUGCAUGGCCAUGGCAACAAUGAAGAGGUGGCCAAAUGCUUCGCCGACCUUUGCAAGGGGAUCCAGUUCGACCCUGAUGACCCCAGUUGCAACUAUCUUCGUGAGACAUGCAAGAAGUUGGAGAAGCGGUUCCAGAGCUACCCGCGAAGGUGGAUCGCGUGGCUAAUGCAGAGGUACUUGAGGAACCCCUGGCUAGCCGUUGGGCUCCUGGCAGCUGCUAUUGGCUUAGUUCUCGCACUCAUCCAAACUGUCUACUCUGUUUUGUGUUACUACAAACAAUGAUCAAAUUAGAAAUCUAAAGAUCUUUCCGGUCUCUGGAAACCGGACGUCACGAUAAUAAUAUUUAGAUCAUGUCCUACAUGACUUUACAAAAAUCACGGUAGAGUUAUGGAAUGCCGAAGGGCCAUCACACUUAUGGAAUGUAUUUUUAGUCAUGUAUUCUGCGUUGUGAGUUAUGACAUGUUCACUGGACAGCCAUAAGGGGUGUUGAACGAUGUAUAGUGGAUUUUAACUGACAAAAUAGAAAAGAAAAAAUGAUGAUAAGUUA